AUGUCACGGGCCGGAUUGCAGGGCAGAGAGGGAUGCAAUGGGGCACGUGCCUCUGCCACACAACUGAAAAGUCUCCCGCUGAACCCCUCGGAGGCCGCCCCUUGUCGGGCUGAGGCGGCAGGCAAGGAGGAGCCCCAGGCGAGAUCGCUCCAGGAGCCCAGUAGUCCAGCGCGAAAUCCCGGCGGGCUCCCUGGGCCGAUGUCGGAGGAGGGGAAGGGUCUGACUCGGGGGGUUGCAGCGGCCCCGGCGAGGGGGUGGAGCCGGCUGGCGGCCCGGACUUAGCCCGGCAGGAGUGGGGGCAGCCGCGCGCACCACGGCGCAGCCUGGGCAGGUGCCCGCCAGGGGGAACUGCGCGCUCCCUCCCCGGAUGUUAUCUUAAUAAUUGAUAAAUUCCUUCAAAGCUCUAAUGGUCCUGUGAAGAAGUCUAUGCGUGAGAAAGCUGUUGAGCGGAGGAACAUUAAUAAAGAACACAAUAGUAACUUUAAAGCUGGAUAUAUUCCAAUUGAUGAAGACCGUCUCCAUAAAACAGGCUUACGAGGCAGGAAAGGCAAUUUGGCCAUUUGUGUGAUUGUCCUCCUUUUUAUUUUGGCUGUCAUCAAUUUGAUUAUCACACUUGUUAUCUGGGCUGUGAUUCGGAUUGGGCCCAAUGGUUGCGAUAGCAUGGAGUUUCAUGAGAGUGGCUUACUGAGAUUUAAACAGAUAUCUGACAUGGGAGUCAUACAUCCAUUAUAUAAGAGUACUGUAGGAGGCAGGCGUAAUGAAGAUUUGGUGAUCACUGGGAAUAACCAGCCUAUUGUAUUUCAGCAAGGAACAACAAAACUCAGUGUUGAAAAGGACAAAACUUCCAUUACCAGUGAUAUUGGUAUGGAAUUUGUUGACCCGCGAACACAGAAUACUUUGUUCAGCACGGACUACGAGACUCAUGAGUUUCAUCUGCCAAAUGGAGUAAAAAUUUUGAAUGUACAAAAAGCAUCUACAGAGAGGAUUACCAGCAAUGCUACCAGUGAUCUAAAUAUAAAGGUUGAUGGACGUGCCAUCGUACGUGGAAAUGAAGGAGUUUUCAUUAUGGGCAAAAUGAUUGAGUUUCGGAUGGGAGGCGAUAUGGAAUUAAAAGCAGAAAACAGCAUCAUUCUGAAUGGAACUGUUAUGGUCAGCACAUCUCGACUGCCAAGUUCUUCUUUUGGGGAACAGUUUAACAAUGGCGACUGGGUGCGCUACAAGCUGUGCAUGUGUGCAGAUGGUACUCUGUUUAGAGUUCAAGUGAUGAGCCACAAUAUGGGUUGUCAAACUGCAGUCAACCCUUGUGGAGCCACGCACUGAACGUAAAAGCACUUGGAGGAGAGAGUUUGCUUGGAGAGUUCAUUUACAUGUUUACAUUUGUCUAUAUAAAACAAUUGCAUGCAAGGAUUUGUUGUUUUGCAGUUUAUAACUUUAAAUUUGUUUUGUAGCAUUUUUAACACAGGGCAUUGUGUUUAACAGUAUUAUGCCUUAUUGCACACUUUCAGUAUUUAAAGUAUUUACUCUAAUAAUGGCUCUGACUUAGCACAUCCUUCAGUUGAAGUACCUUGAUUAAUUGCAAUCAAAAGAUAUUUUUAUUGAAGACCUGAUUCUAACAAGGCACUUAGCGUUCCUGCAAAAGUGCCUUUAAUACUUUGCCUCUAGAAUGCAGGUUUUCUUCCUACAUUCCUAACAGGUUGUUGGAAUCAACAUAGAAUGAAGGGGCAGGGCUUGGAGGAUGAUAGUUGUUCCAACUUUGGUACGUGAAAAAGUCAUACUGUUUGUUGUAUUUCUUAUUCCAUAGAGCCUCUCUUUCCCCCCACCCCCCCCCCUUUGGAUCACCUUUAAAGAAAGGGGUCAGAGGAGGAGAUGGGGAAGUAUCUGUAGCCCACUUCAUGAGAGUCCUGCUUAGCAGGAAUGAAGGGAACCCCAGUGAAAUAACUAGGAAUCUUCCCAAGAGUAAUUUAACUGAGUGUUCCAACUUUUUAGAGAGAAACUACACAAAAGGGGAAGCAAAGGGCAAGCGUUCCCUUUUAGACUGUUUUUUCGGUCCACCUUCAAUCACUUCCACGUUUCACAUAAAUAAUUCUUUGGGGUGCAGAAAAUCCAUCAUCUAAAUAACUGGUCUCAUGCUGGACAUCAAAGUGCAUCAAACUGUUUGGCAUGUUCCAAUACCCAUGCUUACACUUUGGAUGCAAAUACAGAGGUUGGCUUUUAAAACUGUAGCCAGGUGAAGGCAAUUAAAUCUUUAUCAAAAUAGAUUCAAGUUAUAUUUGCAGCUGAUAAGUAUUGACUGUUGGAAUCUUAAUAUAAAGUCUUCACAAUUACAAUUCUUUUCAAUGGGUUGGAUCUUUCAGAAGACAUUUUAAGAAAAGUCUGGGCCCCAUGUAGGCAGCUAGUAAAAUAAGCUGUCCCGAUAUAAGCAUGUCCUUUACCUCAUUAAAGUAGAGGCUUAGAGAAAGAACAUUGGGAUUCAACUUUUGGGCGGCAAUAAAAGCCAUUAGGCAGCUAUCAAAAGAAAGCCAAAGAUUGUAUGCUUGAUAGGAAUAUGGGCACUGUUGUCUUACUUGGGAUUUUUCAUACUAUCUUGUAACUUUAAUAUUUCCUAAAACAUUUAUAUAUAGUGACUGAAAGAACCUAUAGCAGAGUUUUGUUUAAAUUUCCCCUUGCUUCGGCUACAUAUUAUGAUGCCUAUUUAAAAAAUAUUCCCUAGAUUCAGAAGUAUUACCAUGGAAAUAUUUCCAUCCAUUAGUAUUAUUGUACAAAUGUUAUUUUAAGUAGAAUUGCUCAUUUUUUUCAUGUUUGAAAUAUUAUCAAUACACCUUGUGAUUGAUCAAGAGUAUUUUUCAGUUUCCCAUCAUCAUGAUGUUGUAACAUUUAUUUAAACUAUGCAAAGCACUGUAUUUAUGUUACUUAAAGUGAUAUUUUGAGGUGUAUUGAUAAUAGUUUUUUCACUGUCUAGGACAAUAUCUUUUUCUUGGAUAUUUUAAUACAAAUAAUUUUAUUAGUUUAUGGUAUUCUACAAGUGAUGCUCAAAACACUGGUAUACCACUAGUAUAAGCAGUAAUGACUGAUACCAUGACUGUAAAACUUUGUAAAAGAUAGAGUUAUUUACAGUUCAUAAAAAUGCAAAUGUGUUACCAAGUAACCUGGCAUUUACAUUCUAAUUUAGCAGAUUAGAAAUGGUUACUGAGCCACAAUUCUAAAUAUGACAGUAGUUCAGGCCCAAAUAUAGCAUGGUACAUAAGCACAUUAUCUAAAUUUAAUGCAAGUGGAAUUGUUUAUCCGCUUUAAAGUUAGACAAGUUCUUACGUAUCAUGAUCAGUUGAGGUCCUUAGUGAAACCAUUAUACCCUACAACAGUUUCUGGAGAGAAGUUCACAUAUUGCUCUGUCAAUGGAACUUAGAUUUGCUUAUUUUAAACCUUUUUCAUUUAUGACUUUUAUUUUGAAAUGGUUUCCUUUUACAACAGGCAGUACUUAACAAGAAGCCAUGUACAGAUUCCUGGAAAUGUUAUUCCCAGGUUUUACUAGAUAAGAAUGCAUUCUUUUCCUAAGAGUUGUAACAACUGUUACACAUUAACUUCACGAUUGAAUGUGUCAUUUGUUAUAAGAAGAUAAAUACAUUCUAAUUUAUUAUUUUAUGGUGCCCAUGUGGUUGCAAGGUAUUUCACAAAAGACUGUCGUGCUCUCUGCUCCAAAGCUUUUGCAGUCUUAGGUUCUUCUCCUGAAUUGUGCUUUUGACUUUAGAAGGACCCUAAUGAAAUAAAUGCAGGAGUCCAUAAACAUGGAACAGGUUACAGGACAGAAGCCAUAGUUUAGAUGGAAGGUAACAACAGGGUAAACAGUAAAGAGGAUUAUACAAGGAACAGAUGAAGACAACAAUGAUUGCAUUUUAGGGCGUGUUCAGUUUUUGCUUUUGGUUGAUGUUUUCUUGAAUAAAAACAGAAUAUGAAAUAAGUGAAAGUAAUCAACACGCUUUAGACAUGGCAGAAUAAAUCUUAAUAUUUUGUACUUACACAGCGUGUUUCAUUCAUAAAUCUUACUAUUUUCCAAAAAUAGAUAUGCGUUAUCCAUACCUGACUAAAAUUAAAUUUCCCUGAAACAUGCAAAGUUCUAAUAUUUUCACACUAUAUUCUAAUGGCAGACUGAUACUUUUUUACAUCAGCUUCAAUUUAUAGAAGCAUGAUAUAAAGAGUGACAGUACUUUUGGUCAAAGGUGAAAAAAUUGUAGUCAAAUUUAGUACCUAGAUUAAUUAGAACAUCUACCGGGGAACAUUAUAACCAUUAUACAAUGAAUAUUGAUAACUUUUGGAUACCUGGAAGACUCAAAACACUAGCUGCACUUAGCAUUCGUACUGAAUGUCUUAUUGAGACACUAAAUGCAAUGUUCGUUUGAACAAUUUAUUUCUAACAACUGCAAUACUGUUAAAUUGCAUCUGAAUUUGAUUAAAAAUUAUAUAUAUUUAAUUGAAAGUCAGCAAAAAUAAUCCUUAUUCAAAUAAGGAUUAAUAUCUAUGGUGCUGUUGCUAAUUAUUUGUAUACUGUUAGUACAUUUGGUUGCCUUCACUAAAGUUUACACCGUUUAAAAAAUAUGAAUGACCUAAGUACGCUGUGUUGCGCAUUUAUUUGUGGUUUGACUUUAACUAAUUUACUUUUUGUAUUCUCUACUUUUGUUUAAAGACUUUUUGUGCUCACAUAUUUAUUUAACUACUACAGAUGCAUUUGAGGUUCUAGAGAUGUUCAAAGUACAGGCUACGUGCCUCUGUAAAAUACACUGCUAUGUACUUCUAAUAUAGCUUCUUGAAAAAAAUAUCCUCUGCAUUUGUUAAGGUGGCCGUUUGAAUAUGUUAAAACAAAAUACGAAGUUUCUAAUGCUUAAGUUUUGAAAUGAAACAAAUAAAUUUUUAAAAUCCA